AAGAUGUUUAAGCUCCAACUGUAUUCGUCAUUGGCAUUUUGGACCAACAGUUCUAUUUGCCAUUGACAUGUUAUGUGGUUAUGUACAUGUACAUGGACGCACCACCUUGCUGAUGGGGACGGUUGGAUCAGAUGUUAGCAUCUUAGCAGGCUAAAGCAUACCGGAACCUACUGUGCAUGAUGCAUCUCGAUCGUAGUCGUUUUUUUUUGUUGUCAAGCUGAAUGAAUCGAAGGCCCAUUGCUACUCUCCGGAAUAAUCGGUAGAUGCACCAGCUAUUCAUUCUGAAAGAAAUGCACCAGCUGCUCCAUUUACUUUGGCCGUAGAAAUAUUCCCUGGUUAUCGAUCUGAUCUUUCAUGUUGGUUUGGUGAUAUGAUACCACCGGACAGAGUGUCUUUGUGGUGAGGAACAUUGGUAGAUCCUGGCUUGCACUCUCUCUGGCUUCACGAGGAGGAUUGAAGAUUGAUCUGCGAAAUUUAUUGAAGUUAUCUCUGCUCGAUCUUCACCCGGCUAAGAGCCUAAGAUCGGAACAUCUGUCCCGUUUCAUGUUUCGUCAAUCGGGAGAUCUUUUCAUUUAAUCGGUCCUACCAAAAGAACAGCUUAUCAGUGGCCCUUGCACACAAUAGAUCACCAUCAUCACCGCUCUGAUCGUCAAAAAGAAGAGGAAAAUGGAGAGGAAAUUGGCCCCUCCGCAUACACUUGCUGCUGCUUGAAGCAACCCGGCUGUUAGCUUGUUCCACCUUGGCAUGGCAGCUCACCUGAAUGUUUGGUGCCCUGUAACUGUGAGACUUACAGCUCACUCCUUUCCUGCUCUCCCCUAACCCAACCACCUUGUUAUAAGUGGCAGCAUCACAAGCCUCUCUCAACACUGUCACACUGAGUUGCACUGCACUCACUGCGUUGUGUUGGUUGCAUGCACAAAGCCGGUCACGAGCGGUAGUGAUCACCAACACACCAUGCAUGCCAUGCAGAGGCUUGUGGUUCUCCUCGCCGUGCUCUCCGUAGCGACCACGGCGUCGGCGCAGGGCCCGACGGCGGCGCCGGCCACGCCGACGCCUACGCCGACCCCCGUGGCGCCGGCUCCUGUGGCCGGGACGACGAACAUCACGGGCGUGCUGGCCAAGGCCGGGCAGUUCAACACGUUCAUCCGGCUGCUCCGUUCGACGGGCGUGGCGGAGCAGAUCGACAACCAGCUCAGCAGCUCCGGCAACGGCCUGACGGUUUUCGCGCCCACGGACAACGCCUUCACCUCGCUCCCCUCCGGCACGCUCAACUCGCUCUCCGACCAGCAGAAGAACGCGCUCGUCCAGUUCCACGUCCUCUCCACGCUCAUCCCCAUGUCGCAGUUCGACACCGUCAGCAACCCGCUCCGGACGCAGGCCGGCAACAACUCGCCGGGGCAGUACCCGCUCAACGUGACCGCCGAGGGCCAGCAGGUGAACAUCUCCACGGGGGUCGUCAACGCCACCGUCGACAACUCGCUCUACUCCGGCGACAACCUCGUCGUCUACCAGGUGAAUAAGGUGCUGCUGCCGGCGGCGCUCUUCGGGUCGCCCGCUCCCGCGCCCGCACCGCUCGCGCCGGCCAAGAAGAAGGGGAAGACGCCAGCGUCCGUCGCUGACGCGCCCGACGCCGCCGACGCGUCCCCGGACGCAACCGCGUCGCAUGCGGCGGCGAGGGUGACGGGUGGUGGCCUCGCGGCGGUGCUUGCGUUGGCCGGAGUGUGGUGGGGGCUGUGACGUCGAUGAGAGUGUGAGGUCUCGGUGGUUAAUUCGCAUGCCAUCUCUCUUUUUGUCUACUUUUCUAAGGUGUUGUUGGUCUUUUCGUUAUUCCUUCGGCCAUUUUUGGAUGAUUUGUUCUUCAACGCCAUUGCAAUAGCUAGGAGUACGUCAUGUUAUAUUGGCGUCGCAUUUUUACGUAAUGCUACUAAAUUAAUACGUGUUGUGUAUAUUGCAGUCAUGCAGAUGCAGGGUCUUCCGGAUUA